AGGUCCAAUGGCUUCCUCAGAGCCGCAAUUAUCUCCUUCCACAGAUGAGACAACUAACUAUGCGCGACUAUGUCGUCUUCUAGUGGAUGUGGGAUCUCAAGUAUUAAGAGAUACGUUUGAUGGCAUUCACCCCCAAACAGCACUCCAGACAGUCUUAACGCAGCCUCCGCAUAAUGCAACUUUACAUAACCUCAAGACGAAAAAGAUUAUCAAUUCUUCACAAUGGGGAGAUCUAUUCCCAGCUGUCCCAUCAUCAGUUUCAUCACACAAGUUUGAUAUUACACUAUUGGUGGUACUACUUAGAAAUAUCUGUGGGCUGGCACCUCCGGCUGCCGGCUGGGACGCUCUUCCUCCUGAUCUAGACAACAGUAAGCAAGCUAACAUAGCCAGAGUAAAGUACUAUCGUAAUAAAGUUUACGGCCAUGCCAACCAGGCUUCUGUGGAUGAUGCUGCAUUCAACAGGUACUGGCUGGCUAUCAGCAAUGCAAUAACGGGAUUGGUAGGGGGAAAAUAUGCAGCUGAUAUGACAAACCUCAAAGUUGGGUCCAUGGAUCCCGCUUUAGAGGAACAUUAUAAAGAACGGUUAAGGCAGUGGAAGAAAGACGAGGACAGCUUCAAAGAAAAGCUUGAGGAGAUGGACGAAAACAUGAGAAAAGGUCUUGAGAAGAUUGAAGGUGACAUGGGUAAAGGACUUGAACAGAUAGAGAAGAUAAAAGAUGACAUGGGAAAUAUAGGGGAGAAGUUGGAGAGUUUGAUGAACCGAACAGAAGAAAUGGCCGAUGAAGAUGCAGAAACGAGAGCAGGAAGCAACGUUAACAACAUUGAUUUACAAGUCUAUGUCAAUCUUCCUGUUCCUGUUGUUACAGCAAUACCCUCAAGCCAGGGUCUUCUGUCACGAACAGGUUUAGAUCUUUCCGGAUACGAUUAUCCAGGUCAGGUGACAAAACCAGUUCAAAAUUUACCUCGUUCACCUCAUUCAUCCCUUCUGAGUCAAAAUGACGAUAAUACCCAACAUGGAAAUCUUCGAUGGCAGAAUGAAGACACGACGCUAAGUAAAGGCACCUCAGAAAGCGAAG